AUGCUCAAAGGUCUUGGGAAAUGGAUAGAUGGUUUAAACCAUUCUAAUUCGCCGGAGAAAGCCGAUUACAUAGAACAGAUCGACGAUGAUAUUUAUCUGUGUGAUGAAGAAUUGGAACGAAUUCACCAUCGAAUAAGGCAUUGUUUAGAUGACGAUAAAGACUAUAUUCCAAGCGAGGAGAAAGAAGGCAUCGAAGACACCCUACGAUUGAUGCACGAGGAAACAGAGAGAUGGGGAAACACCCGAGCUCCAUACCGUGAAGAACGCCGAAACUACAUACCCGAAGCUUAUAGUGAACAAAAUAUUGAACAUGAAUUACGGAACAGCGACGACGAACUCAUCAGUUACUGCAUGCGUUUAGAGCGGAACAAUGCCUACCUUCUUCAAUUCAUUGAAAAAUUUGAAGAGGUAAGUUUCAAAAAGAGGUACUCAAAACUAUUACUUGAUAAGGAGGAGUUGGAAAGAAAUUACGAAAAGCUAAAAUCCACAAACAAGAAGGUAUACUCUAGUUAUUGCGAUUUAUUGGAUGAGGUAAAGUUGCUCAAGAAGGCCAAUCAGGAGUACAAGGGGAAACUACAGAAUGAAUCCAAUGAAAGAAAGCUCGAAAAGGCUGAGGUGGAAAAGCUGAAGGCUGCAGUUGCUCGUCUAGAAAGCGAAAAUCAGGAGAAAGACCAACGGCUAAAACAGCUCCGAUUCGACAAUUCAAAACUUAGCAAAACGGUCUCUGACAAAGAAGAUGAAAUGAUCAAACUCCGGGGGAGUGCCCUUGCGACUAAAAUGAAACUCGAGAGGGCUGAGCGCCUUAUUAAUAAACGGGAGGGGCAACCGAAAUUGCAAAAGUCAUCACAAAUCAUCUCUUCUGGAACUUCCACUGUUAACAGCGUCGAUACUAAACCAUUGGAGGAAUAUGGUGAGAGUGCAGUGAGGAAGGAAAGGUUAAAUCCUAGAAGAGCAGAACCUCCAAAAAAAGAGGAAGAAGAAGAAGAAGAGGAGGAAGACAAAGAUGAGGUGGACGACACCAUUUCUUUGCUGGAGAAAAAAUAUUCAAACAAAACAAAGCAGCCGUCACUGUGA